AUGUGUACAGAAGUAAGCUCUAUUAACACUGGAUGGGGUUGUUUAUUUGAUAGACCUGAAGAUGUUCUUAAUUACUCACUAAAAGGAAUUGAAAUUUUUGAGCGUUUUGGUAAUUUAAUUAAAGAUAGAGCAAUAAUUGAAGAGGAGUAUGCUAAUAAAUUAAAAAAUUUAACAAGGAAAAAUUUAAAAUUAAUGAAAAAUGAAGAUGAAUCAUUUACUUUUGUUACAUCAUUUAACGCAUACAUGACAGAGAUCAAUAGUCUAGCAGCCCAGCAUGAAAUAAUAGCUGAAAAAAUGAAAAAAGACAUUUCUAACAGUAUUAUAAUGAAAUGUCAAAAUUUUAAACAAAUGCGAAAAAAUUUUAUGGGAGAUUUACAGAAAGCACAAAAUGAUUUACAAAUAGAAUUUGAUAAUUUAGCUAAACAAUUAAAGUAUUAUACAAAAGCAUUCAAAGAUGCAGAGAAUGCAUAUUUAAAAUUUGAUAAAGCUGAAAAAAAUAUGGAUAUUUCGAGAGCAGAUCUUGCUAAAGCAAAAAAUAAUGCUGAAAUAAAACAUCAACAAUGUAGAGAAAGUCAAGGCAAUUAUUUGAAACAACUAGAAAGAAGUAACAAAAUACAUGAAGAAUUUUUUACAAUAAAAUUACCAGAAUUAUUAAAUAAUGUUAAAAAAGUUGACAUAGAAAGAAUAAUUGAAGCUAAAAAUGCUAUUUAUACAUCUGUUAAAGCUGAGAUGGAUGUGACUAGUGUACUACAAAGAUGUUAUAAUGAUAUGAAUGAAGCGGCAACAUCUAUUGAUCCUGAAAAAGAUACAGGGACUGUUGUACAACAAUAUCGUACAGGUUAUACUUAUGGAACACCUGCUUCUGAAAUUAAUUUUGGAUGUCCAAGUAAUAUAUUAAAAACAGGUCAAUCUGCUGUCACAUCAGAUGUUGUAAGUGAUUUUUCUGGUGCUACAUUAAAAAGAGGUAUAUUGGCAAAUGGUAAUAAUAAUGCUCUUAAGAAUGGUUCAAAUAAAGUUGGUAGAAAACAAAGUAUGCAUCAAAAAAUUUUUGGUAGUGAUAAUAAAGGGAAACAAAAAGAAAAUGGUACAUUUUCUAAUGAUCCACCUCAACAAAAAUUAAGAAAAUGUCAAGAAAAAUUAGACAGUAUUGAGAAAGAAAUUUUUAAAAUUGAAAGUUCUAAAAAAGGUUUAGAAAAAAUGAUGCAUGCAUAUGAAGAAAAUCCUAAACUUGGUGAUCCAAAAAUUGUUAGUGAUCAAUUAAAACAAUAUGACAUUGAAUUAUCUCAUCUUAAAAAAGAACAAUCAUUAUUUUUAUCAAUAAUUGAUGAAACAAAAUCUCAACUACAUUUAAAUUUAUUCAUUGAUGGUAGUACUCCAAAAAAUCCCUCAAUAUCUUCUGGCAUCUCACCGAGAACAUCUUCUAAUACAGAUUCUCCAAUAACAACACCCCGAACAAUAAGAGCUAACAGAACAUCAUAUGAUGCAGGAAGUCUUUCUAGUGAGGCAUCUUCUGCUAAAAGUGUCACAAACAAUUCUCAUACAUCAAGUUCAGUUGGAAGUAAUAAUGAAAAAAAUUUAAAAAGUAGUCAUAUAUAUGAUUCUAAUGUAGAAGUGUAUGAUAUUUGUGAGUUACCUCCAUUAGGUAGAGCUGUAGCAUUGUAUCCUUUUGAUGGAUCUAGUGAAGGAACUGUACCAUUAAAAGAGGGUGAAGAAUUGUUAAUUAUUGAAAAAGAUGAGGGUGAUGGAUGGACAAGAAUUAGAAAUAAAACUGGUGAUAAAGAAGGAUUUGUACCAACAACUUAUUUGCAAUGUAUUUAUUCUUCUACAGAUAUUUAA